UUUGCGUUGCGUGUUCGUUCAAUUGUAUUUUAUUUGGGAUAAAUAUUUUUUAUUAUUAAAUAAUUAAAAAGUUUAGUAAGAAUAGUUAUAAAUUAAAAUAAUGUCCCAUUCACCACAUGUUGUUGAUGGCGAGGCAUCCGAAUCGGACACAGAAGCAGAAAUCGGAAAAACUUCUGAUUCAAACGCAGAUACAUUUGUGAUAACAGGCGAAGCCUCUGAAUCCGACGAUGAGGAAUCCAGAAGGCCAUGCCCUGAACCGCUAACAAACCUGGAUGUGCCUCUCAACCCAGCAUUGGCACAACCAAACAGCCCUUCAAGAAUCUACACAUCACUGCUCCAUCAGAAGCUUUGGGAAUGCAACAUAUCUCUUAGAGCCAGCAUACAAGGUCUCUUCAAACAUACCACAGACAUAUCAGUGGAAAAGUUAAGUCGAGCCGACAAGGCACUACUCAAUGUGCAGGAAUCUAUGAGAGCUACAAAUGCGAAUUUAAUACUGGCCAAGGCUCGUCUCAAACAACUGGAGGCUGUUUUAGAAGAAGCCAACUGCGGAAGUGCCUUACCCACUGUCAAAAUUAGAACAUAGCUCCGGAGAUUUCGAUAUUAGGUUUUAGGUUAGCGCGUUCGUGGAAAUGAAGCAACUUUAGCAGUGGCCAGACAUAAGAUGGGUAUGUAAAAUGUAUCUGAG